AACGCCGCCGUUUUCAUGAGAGGUAGCUCUGAGGCUAUAUAGGCCGAUUAAUUCCCCAACACUCGGGGAAAGGAAACCGAUGGCCGAGCGGGUUCUUAUACGGAUCCGAAUACCGACCCGAAACCCGCCAUGGGCUCCACACCACGUCACGAUUCUCCGCUGCUCUCCUCUUCGUCCUGCCUUCCAUUCGCAGAGCUGGUGGCGCCGUCCUCCGGAAACCCUAAAAAUGGCGGUGACCGGAUCGUCCAAUUCGAAGCGACCCACUUGCCCUUCCUGCACCCGGCCCAUCCUCCUCUGCCUCUGCGCAAAGCUGCGGUACCCGAGCUUCGAGAACAAGGUGAGCGUCACCAUUCUCCAGCACAGCUUAGAGACGAAGCACCCUAUUAAUUCCGCAAGAAUCGCCAAGAUAGGACUUAAAAAUGUCGAUGUGCUCACUGUUUACGACGUCCAAUUCGACGCCCGGUUCGUCAUCUCGAUCCCGGGUUCGGGUCUGGAGCCGGUCGAGAACAGGGGAAGCUCGGAUCUUAAUUGGGUAGUAUCGGGGAGGCACCGGAAAGUAGUCGAGGGUUUCGAUUUCAAUGGGUCGAGUUCUUCCAUGUCUAUGAGUAUAGGGAAGGGCGGGAAGUUCAUGGAUUGUCAAUGGAUGGGGGAGAAAGUAACGAGCUUCCAUGAGAUUGUGGCUUCACCAGCCGCUGAAGUUGCAAUGAGAGAAGGGUUAAUGGUUAGGAAGUUUAACAAGCGGAAGAAGCUCUAUGGCAGCGAGGGGAAUGUGGAAGAGUACCUAGAGUUCGAACUGAAGGUUCCUGCAGGGUCGGUGCUUCUGUAUCCGAGUGAUGAAUCGGUGGUGAGCGUGGAUGAGCUGAGAGGUGGGAUGAACAAUUUUGAAGUGAAGAAUCUGAUUGUUUUGGAUGGGACGUGGUCCAAGGCCAAGAAAGUGUACAAAGAGAACCCAUGGCUGAAGCUUCUGCCGCAUCUGAAGUUGGAUUUGGGGAAGUCGAGCUUGUUUUCUGAUGUCAGGCGACAGCCUAAGUCUGGGUGUCUGUCGACCAUUGAGAGCAUCGUUUAUGCACUGAAAGCGGCAGGGGAGGAGCCUGAAGAGCGAUUGGAUGGGCUGUUGGAGGUUUUCAGUUCAAUGGUUGCUGAGCAGAGACGAUUCAAAGCUGAGAAACUGGGUAGAGCCUCCUCACCCUUGUCUGCCGAAACUUCGGUAGUUGAUUCUUGAUUUUUGAUUGUUGUGAUGUGUAUGUCAAAGAGUUUUUUGAACUCCAUAGUCCAUACACAUCCAAAGGUUCAGCCUAUAAAGUUUGCCCAACAUCUUAGGCAAGUUAAACAUAUUCAUUGUGAAGUAUUGUCGGGAUUGAUGAUCUUUACGGGAAGUUACAUUGAUAUGCACCAUAGGAAUAUUCCGUGAAGGUUUAUGCCAAAAACGAACAAGUUCUUUCGGGAAAAGUUCCGGAUGUUACAAGUGGUAUAUGAGCCUCUUCGUCCCCUUCUUUAAUGAUGGUGAGGCAAAUCUCAACGAGGACGUUGAGUCCAAAAGUGGGGGUGUAUAUAACACGCUAGACAAAUCUCAUAUUGAUAAAGCUAGGAGAAAUCCAUGAGUCAUAAAUAAUAAACUGAUUUUAAUUGA